AUGGCGAGAUCAGACGCGACUUGUUGUCUCUCUACUGUGCGUGACUGGGAGUCUCCAGAUUACGAGCCAGCACUUGCUGUUUCAGAGAAAUCCAAUCCCCUGACGCGUGACAUUGACCGAGCUUCAGCCAGCGGUGUUGUGAGGAUGUUACAGGCCUGUGACGCCCAAAUGUUCCAAGAAGAGACAGAGGAAACCUACCAGAGGCUUUUCAGUGACCAAGUGGUGAAAACGGUGAUGGAGGUGGCACAGAGGGCGGAGCUCCUCCUCCAGGAUCCUCGGGGCAGCCUCGUUGUGCUGAGUGGAUGUGGGACUUCUGGUCGACUGGCUUUUCUCAUGGCGUCAGGCUUCAACAGAGAGCUUAAGAGGCUGAACCAGAGUUCGGUCUAUUCCUACAUCAUCGCAGGAGGAGACAGGUGCUCGGCAAGCUGUUAUAUGUAUAAUCGAAAUGAUCCCCUGCAGGUGUGUGAGGGAAAGAAGCGAGUCUUGUUCAUCGGCAUUUCCUGUGGAUUAUCAGCUCCAUUUGUGGCAGGUCAGCUGGAUUUCUGCCUGCAGCACCCAGAGAUCUACACUCCUGUGCUGCUUGGCUUCAACCCUGUGCAUCAAGCCAAGGAUGAACCCAUACCUGGCUGCACAUUCACAUUUCGCAGUGUGGUUGAAAGGAUGCAGGAUUUAGUCAAAACUCAAGAGGCCUUCCUCGUCAACCCGGCAGUUGGGCCAGAAGCCAUCAGUGGCUCUUCCAGGAUGAAGGGUGGCAGCGCUACUAAGAUUGUCCUGGACGUCAUCUUGUCUGCUGCUCAUGCUGCGACCUUCACAAACACGCCCAUCACACACAAGGGAAUCGUGCAGCACAUGAGAGAAUAUGAAAGAACUCUGGAUGUGACAUACGCUCAGAGCGAGGGGAUGAGUGCUCUGGUGGAAGCAGCUGGACACAGUUUGCGAUGUGGAGGGCGUGUGUGUUACCUGGGCUGGGGCUCCCUGGCUGUGCUGGGCCUCAUUGAUGCCAGUGAGUGUAUCCCCACAUUCGGAGCAGACUUUGAAGAUAUCCGCGGCUUCGUGAGUGGAGGAUACAGGCAGCUGCACAAUAAUGAAGGUCCCUUAACGUCACUGGGUCGUCAGUUCUGCAUCUCACAUGAGGAUUUUCAAAGUUUGGUUCUGCCUCACCUCAGCGACCAGGACACUGUUCUUCUCCUCUACACACACUCUGACGAUGUCGCCGACGUGGUGAAAGUGGCAGGAACGGUGAGAGGAAGGACGUCCAACCUCCACGCUGUUUAUCAUCAGACUGAUGGAGACACUGCUGCUGCUGGACAACAAGAUCACAUCAAUAAGCUGUGUUCAUCGACUCUGAAAAUCACUUGGCCGUCAUCUGCCUCUGCCAGCUUAGUUCACAUGUGGGAGCUGUCCACUAAGCUGGUGCUGAACGCUGUGAGCACUGGAGCUCACAUCUUAAAGGGGAAGAUUUACCAGAACUACAUGAUUGACGUGCAGGUCACCAACAGCAAACUGUACCGCAGAGCCACGCGUUUACUCCAGAAACUGUCUGGUCGUCCUGAGUCCCAUUGUGAGGAAUUCCUCUUGAAGGCGAUCUACCGAGCUGACGAGCUGACAGUGGACAUCACAUCGUCUGACAUCACCACUCGAACACACGCUGCCAGAGACAGAACCACGGUAGUCCCCCUGGCUUUGGUCUGCCUGCUGACUGGCUGCUCUGUCUUGGAGGCCGAGUCUCGUUUGGAACAGCAGCCAAUCAUAAGGGAAGCGGUGGAGGCGUGUCUCGCAUGAUUGACAUCGUCCUCACACACAUACAGUACAUUCACUUGUUGAGCAAAUCCUCUAUUCCCACUGUACAGAAGGUCAGAGGUCAACUUUAAUGUCUCAGAUACUCAGAUCUGCUGCAACAGUUUGAAUCCCAUCGCCUCCUAAAUGUAAAACCAUGAUAUAACACUAAGGGGCAGAGUUGCACACUUUAACCUGCAUAACCAGUACACAAAGUACUGCUAGUUUGUAGUGUACUUACAACAGAGAGUGUGGAAAUUCAUCAGAGUAUACGGUGCAUGCAGUAAAAUUGGGAAAUUACAGUAAUACCGUAAAUAAGUAUCUGUAUGUUCUUCUGAUUACUUCAACUACUGGAUGAUGAUACU